ACCCCCCCCCCCUCCCGCUCCCCCUCCCCCCCCCUCCCGUGCGCGUCGCUGUCUGAGCUCCGCCUGGACGAGCUCAUCGGGGCGGGGGGGUUCGGACGCGUCUACCGGGGCACGUGGCGGGGGGAGGUGGUGGCGGUGAAGGCGGCGCGGGGGGAGGCGGGCGCGGCCGGAGCAGCCAGCCUGCGGAGGGAGGCGCGGCUGUACGUGCGGCUCCGCCACCCCAACGUCAUCGCGUUGCGCGCCGUGUGCCUCGACCCCGCCCACCUGUGCCUGGUGAUGGAGUUCGCGGCGGGGGGGCCGCUGUCCCGGGUACUCGCCGGACGCACCGUGCCCCCCGCCGUGCUGCUGGACUGGGCCCGGCAGGUGGCCAGCGGGAUGCGGUACCUGCACUGCGGAACCAGCGUGCACGUGCUGCACCGGGACCUCAAGUCCAGCAACGUGCUGCUGGCACAGCCGUUGGCCGCCGCGGGCCCGAAGCCUCUGCUCAAGAUCACAGACCUGGGCCUGGCUCGGGAAUGGCAGAGAACAACCAGGAUGAGCGCGGCCGGAACCUACCCAUGGAUGGCACCGGAGGUCAUCCGGACAUCCACCUUCUCCAGGGGCAGCGACGUCUGGAGUUAUGGGGUGCUGCUAUGGGAGCUGCUCACCGGGGAGGUCCCGUACCGCGGCAUCGACGCCCUGGCUGUGGCUUAUGGGGUGGCUGUGAACAAACUGACGCUGCCCAUCCCCUCCACGUGCCCCCAGCCCCUGGCCCAGCUCCUGGCAGCAUGCUGGGAGCAGGACCCCCACCGGCGGCCUGGCUUCGGCUCCAUCCUGCGGCGGCUCUCGGGGCUGCAGCCGGGGGGGUUGGGGCCCCCCGAGUCCUUCCACUGCCUGCAGGAGAGCUGGCGACGAGAGAUCCAGGGGCUCUUCGGGGAGCUGCGCGCCAGGGAGAAGGAGCUGCGCAGCCGGGAGGAGGCCGUGGCGCGCGCGUCCCGUGCCCAGCGCUCGCAGGCUCAGCGGCUCCGGCAGCGCGAGGCUGAACUGGCGCAACGGGAACUGGAGGUGCUGGAGCGCGAGCUCAGCCUCAUGCUCCGGGGCCCCCCCCGCGCCCCCCCCGCCCCCAAGAGGCGCAGGCCCCAGUUCCGGAGGCCCCGGCGGCCUGCGGACCACAUCGGCAUGCCCCAGGACUUCAAGCACCGGCUGACGGUUCAGGCAGCGCCGGGGGGUGACCCCCGAACCCGCGACCCCCAGGAGGGGCCUGGGGGGGGGUCCCCGCCCUUCCCCCGCCUGCGCGCCAUCCAGCUGGAGCCGGAGGACGAGGAGGAGGCGCCGCGGGGGACGGGGGGGGCGGAGCGGAAAGGGGGGAGGGGCAGCGGCCCCAAUGGCAGGUGGAGGCUGCGCCCGGAUGACAGCACCUGGUGCCAGGACACGGAGGAGCUGAGCCCUGGGGACGUGUCCCCCAAUGGUGAGGCCGACCCCGAGGAGCCCCGGGGGGAGCGGGGGGGGGGGGGGACCCCGCGGCUGCUGCGCCGGGCGCUGCUCAGGGGCUCAGCCCUGUUGGCGUCAUUGGGGCUGGGCCGGGAGCUCGCCCCACCCCGUGAGCUGAGCCCCGGUGCUGGGCCCCCCCCCUGGGGCCCGGCGCUGCCCCUCCCCCCCUCUCCGCUGGCCCCGCCCCGGCCCCGGCCCCGCCCCUCCCCCCUGCGACCCCGCAUUGACCCCUGGAGCUUCGUGAGCGGCCCCCGGAGGGCCCCGCCCCCCGGCGAGCCAGAGCCCCGCCCACGGGACCCCUUCACCGACCAAUGA